AUUGAAAAAAAAAAAAAGUUGUGGAUUUGAGAAAACAGGGACAAGGAAGAGACAAAUGGAUCAGAAGAGCAAUUGCUGUUGAACGUGAUUUCUGCUAAGCUUUAUCUGUUUUGCUCACUGAUCUUCAAAACAGCCCAUCUUCAUUUAUUCACACUCUUCGCACUUUUCUCACCAUAAAUUUAAAGCAUUUCUUGCUCUCUCUCCAUCUACCUUGUGCUCAUUUCUUUUUGAGAAUGGCAAUGGGGAUUUCCCUUUUGCUUGCUUUCUUCUUGCUCUUCAAUGGGUCUGCUUUGGCUGCUAAGUAUAUGGAAGGAUUCCUUAAAAAUGGCAACUUUGAGCAGAAACCAAAGCCUAGUGACCUUAACAAGACAGUACUUAAAGGAAAAUAUGCACUACCUGGCUGGGUAACCAAUGGCUUAGUGGAAUACAUCUCUGCUGGUCCACAACCUGGUGGGAUGUACUUUGCUGUAGCUCAUGGUGUUCAUGCUGUGAGGCUAGGCAAUGAGGCCUCAAUCUCUCAAACAACACCAGUAAAACCAGGCUCUCUAUAUGCACUCACAUUUGGUGCAUCAAGAACUUGUGCCCAAGAUGAGUUUUUGAGAGUCUCUGUGCCUCCUCUGUUUGGGGACCUGCCUUUGCAGACACUUUAUAGCAGUAAUGGUGGUGACACUUAUGCUUGGGGAUUUAGAGCUAAAUCAAAUGUUGCCAAGGUAAUAUUUCAUAAUCCUGGUGUCCAAGAAGACCCUGCUUGUGGACCACUUAUUGAUGCUGUUGCCAUUAAGGAGCUCUUUCCUCCAAGACCCACGAGAGAUAACUUGGUAAAGAAUUCUGGCUUUGAAGAGGGUCCUCAUCGAUUUCUCAACUCUUCCAAUGGUGUCCUCCUUCCUCCAAAACAAGAAGACCUCACAUCUCCACUUCCCGGUUGGAUCAUUGAAUCACUUAAAGCUGUGAAGUUCAUUGAUUCAAAGCACUUCAAUGUUCCUUUUGGACUUGCUGCAGUUGAGCUUGUUGCAGGGAGGGAAAGUGCCGUUGCGCAGAUCCUCAGAACAAUCCCCAACAAAGUCUAUAAUCUCACAUUCACUGUAGGAGAUGCAAAAAAUGGCUGCCAUGGAUCAAUGAUGGUCGAGGCAUUUGCUGCUAAGAAUACCUUUAAGGUUCCAUUUGAGUCCCAAGGAAAAGGUAGGUUCAAGACUCUGAGCUUCAAGUUCAAAGCCAUUUCAGCCAGGACAAGAAUUACAUUCUAUAGCUCAUUCUACCAUACUAGGAUUGAUGACUUUGGAUCCCUUUGUGGCCCUGUACUUGAUCAAGUUAGGGUUUUCCCUGUUGCUUAGAUAUUGGAAUAUCAAAUAUAAUGGAAUUCUAGAACGGUCGUUUUAUCUAAA